AUGACUGAAGAAGUCGCUGUGAUGAUUCAUGACCGUGAUGCUUUCAAUAUUCAGCUGGACAAUGAUGUAAGUCAAAAUUUUUGGACCAAUAAUUACCAAUACUUUAGUUGACAGUCAUCUACAUUCAUCCAUCUUGCACUGAGAACAAAUACAAGCUUGGAGAUAAGCUCAUUCAAGUUGACGGGGCCAGAAUUUCGAGUCUUCAGGAGUUGCCGGAGCACUUGAUUUGCCGAGCUCACUUCAGAACGGCACGGUAGGAAACGAUUUUUUGGUGUUUUUGAUGCGUAUUUUACCAAUUUUUGAGGGGUGAAACAGAAUGCCAAGAAUUUUGAAACGUCGCGGGAGCUUUGAAAAUUCAAAAAAUAUUGUGCGUUUACUCAAUGAAAUGUUUGGUAAAAAUGCUUUAACACUCUCCUGAUCCGUAAUUUACCAACUUUUGAGGGUUAAAACACAAUGCCAAGGAUUUUGAAAUUUGGCGGGUAAUUUCAAAAUUCAAAAAAUAUUGUGCGUUUACUCAAUGAAAUGUUCAGUAAAAAUACUUUAACGCUCUUCUCAUCCGUAUUUUACCAACUUUUGAGGGUUAAAACACAAUGCCAAGAAUUUUGAAAUUUGGCGGGGAAUUCAAAAAUUCAAAAGAAAUCGUGGUCUACAAAAUUUUAAAACGAAUAUUUUUGAUUUAAAAAUAUGUCUUUAGUUAUUCCUUACCAUUUUUUGACAGUUUCAAGGGGUGAAACAGAAUGCCAAGAUCUAAAAAAAACUUGCGGAAAGUUUGGAAAUUCAAAUUUUUUGGCUCAUUUGCUCUAAUUUACCUCGAAUUUUAAACAAUUGACCUCACUACCUCCAUAUUUCAGCCUGGUUUUCUCCCGCGAUCCCACUCUGUCUCCGCAGCCAGUUCGAAAAGUCCAAGUGCAAGAAGACGUGAGCAAAAUCGUUGACGUCCAAGAAAUCCCCACAUUGAGCUGCACUGUGCUGAACUUUGAUAUGCACAUUAAUAGAAGUGACAAAUUGGGACUGGUAAGGACCGCCAUAAACAAUUAUUCGCAAUUUGGAAUGGAUUGAAGUAGAAAACUGUGAAAGUUAGGGCGCAAGCUGCGGCUUGAUUUUUUUCCGUUUUGAAAUAGACGUAAUUGAAAGGCAGAGAAGAAAAUUUUGUAAAUAAGGUGAAGGUAAAAUACGUGGAACAUAUCAUCCCUUUUAAUUGAAAAUUUAGUCAAAAAUGGGUAAUGCUAGGGCGCAGCUCGCUAUGCAGAAAAAGUUCUAAAAGAGUUUUUUUUAAACUCUAUCUUAAAAUAGGAUGGUAAAGUACAAUAAGUCAUUUUGAUAUUUUUUAAAUUCAUAAUUUUAAAAGAUCUAGGGCGCAGCCUGCCAAAAAUAAAAAAAUAGUUUUUUUUUCGAAAUAAAAAAUUAAAGCCAAAUAUAAAUUUUGUGAGCGGUCUUGACUUGUCUUAACCCAAAAAAAAAUCAAUUUCUUUAAUUGUAGGGCGCAGCUUGCCAAAAAAAAAAAUUUUUUUUAUAAUAUAAUUUCCUCUAUUUUUCAGUUCCUCAAGGAGAAAGGCUCGCACGUAUACGUCUACAGAACCGCCGAUUGCUCACUGAGUCCCCUCUACUUCCACGUUGGCGACAAAAUCCUGGAGAUGGAUGGACAUCGAAUUAGUUCCGUCGAGACCGCCAAAAAGUUGUUCUUGAAGCACUUUGACCACGGAAAAACACUUCGUAUUUCUGUGGAACGACCUGAAGGCCUGGACCAGAUCCUUGCCAACGCCUUGGCCAUGAAUUUUGGAGACUCCAAGACGGUUGCUCGAGAAGGUUAG